AUGAUGUCCCUGGGUGUCAGCAAAGGAGGGAUCAUCCCCCCCACGGACGAGGACCGGCGCAGGAUCAUUAAGCAGAUGAAGGUUCGCACCACCCUGAGAGGAGACAAGAGCUGGAUCCACCACCACAACUCGGACUCUGAGGAGGAGAAGAAGAGCAGCCCCCUGUCUGGCCGGGCCGGUGGGGGAUCCCCAGCCCCAAAACCUGCUGCUCCCCAGAAUGACAGGUCACCUUCCUCCAAGCCCCAGUCCGGUUACCUCAUCAGGGGGGUGUUCACCAGGACCAUCGACAAGACCUCGGCCGUGCCGGAUUCCUCCUCUCCCAACCAAGCACAGAAAAACAAUUCCAUGAAGGGACAGAGCCUGGGCCGGUCCCCCUCUGGAUACAGGAUGACCACUGAGGACUACAAGAAACUAGCUCCUUACAACGUCAGGCAGAAAUCCGUGGAUGGGGAUGAGGAGGACGUGCCUUUUUCUCCGGAUGAACACAAGAAGAGGACUGAGGCUGCCAACAGUGUCCUGCGGCGCUCGGCCGGCCGGGAACGCGCCUACGUCCUGUCAGCGGCCAAGAAGAGCAAUGGCAGCCCAACACAGGAAUUCCCACCCUUGUUUGCCAAGAGGAUUGAGAUAGAAGAGGAGGAAGGGCAGCAGAGGAGGAGUCCAGCCGUGCCGGAUGACAGCAGCCCCACGACAGGCAGCAGGAGCCAAACAUCCCCAUCCCUGAGGGAAACUCCAGGGAGAAGCUCCACUUCUGCUGGAAUCAGGAAUGGUGAGGACAGCCAGGCCCUGAACGGGAGAUCCUCCUGGGAGGCUGUGACACAGCGUGGGGACAGUGACAAAGCUCUGAAGGAAAAGCCUGAGCCCUUCCCAUGGGACGAGGCCCCCAGAGCCACCGUGGCUUCCACGAAUGGAAGCUUCCCUGAGCACACAGAAGCCAACAAUGGGUUUCACCCACCCAAGUCCAGCUCUGAUUCCAGGGACAGACCUGGGGAUGCUGCGGACGAGCUGCUCCAUCACUACGAGCCCCCUCCUGCCCUGGAUGUUGGAAGGUCCAGCUUGCAGCCUGAUGUCCCUUUUCCUCCCACUGAGAGAGCCCCUGUGCACAGAGAGGACACGGAAUAUUCCUUUAAAAGGUCUGUCCUGGGGUACGAGGAGAGGAGCAGCUCCACCAGCCCUGAGGGCCCAGCACAGCUCCAGCCCCACUGGAACGAGUUUUCAGGCUCAACCAGCCUCACUGAGAGGGGCCAAGGACCUGCUGGCCAUGGUGCCCACCCAGAGCUGCCCAGGGCACAGGAACCCACAGCCCAUGAGCCUGGCAUGGUCAGGUCCCAGGACAGCACUGGUGGGAGCAGGGACAUGGACAAGGGGAUGUCAUUCCAUGUGAGGAGCGAAGAAUUCAUGGAAAGAAGGUCCAGCUCUGGACCUGGAGGAAGCAGCACUCCUGCUCCAGAGACCCCACGAGAGCAGCCUGGGGUGUGGAGGGAAUGCACCAUGGAAUCCCUGUGGUUGGAAAAGACCUCUGAGAUGAUCGACAGCCAGCAAACAGAGCCAUGGUGGGCACUGCUGGGUGGGGAUUCCGGGCACUACAAUGUGCUCAGGGCUUUGCUCUUCCUCGCCAGGCCCACCCUGGAUCCCGAAGGGAGAGUUUCCGACGGGAGCAGCCGAUCCGACGGGGCCAGGGGGCACGGGGAGUUCACCCCCCCGGCUGGGCGCCACGACUCCCUUCCCAGAGAUCCCAGCAUGUCCAUGGCCCAGAGAAGCCACAGGGUGCCGUUCUACAUGGACAGCCUGAACUACAACAGCACCAGGCUCCUCUCCAGUUCCAGUGAGAGGCUCUCCAGCGCCGGGUUCCAUCCUGACUCCAGCACUGCCGGGAGAGGGAUCCUCUUUGUGAAGGAGUACGUGAACACCGGCGGCUUUCCAGCCUCCCCACGCUACGGAAGUGGCAGCCUUGUGGAUCUGACUGAUGUGGACAGAGCCAGCUACAGCCACCACAGUUACCUGUCCAGUGCUCCCCUGCACAGGUCCAGUGACCCCGUGUGCAGCUACUGCAGCCGGGAGAUCCGAGACUGCCCCAAGAUCAUCAUAGAGCACCUGAACAUCCACUGCCACGAGUACUGCUUCAGGUGUGGAAUUUGCCACAAAGCAAUGGGAGAUCUCCUGGAUAAAAUAUUCAUCCACCGGGACAUUGUGCACUGCGACAAAUGCUACGAGAAACUCUUCUAGGGUUCUGCAGAGCUGGGGAGGCAGCCCAUGGAAGUCCACAGCAGCAUUGGAAUAUAGCUGGCAGCUCCUGACUGGCCAAGAUAGCAGAAUUCCUGCUCUCCUGCUUUCCUCCAGUUCUUUCCCCUC